AUUGUAGAAGAAGAUAUUUCCCGGGUCUCGAAAGCAGUAAUCAAGAAGCGAAAAGUUGACAAAAACGUGUAAAAACAGGAACAUAAAUAACAUCAGGGUUGUCAGAUUUAAGUUGUAAUGUGAUUAAAAUGUUAAAUGUUUCUUCCAAGUAGAGACAACAAUGCUGUGUCAUGCAACAUCUUGAAGGCGCUACAACAGUUCAAGUCACGUGACACUAUCAGCUGACAUCAGUGACGAGUUGAAAGACGACUGGCAGCACAAUGAUAACAUUGCUUGACAAAUUGCCGCCUGACCAAUGUCCUAAACUCUUACACAGGGUCGUGGAUGGAUUGUGCUGGAGGAGUGGUCCAAGGCGAAUAGAUUAUGGUGACAGGUGGAGUCUGACAGAAUGGAUGGAGUUAAUGGACAGUCUCUCCUCUCUCAUCCGCUUUGCUGUAGGGAGGGGGUGCUCAGAUCAAGAGGUUCAGCAACUGCUGAGUGAUUUGGACACUGCACGUGCAGAGGCCGUUCUGCACUGUGUGUACUCCAGGUUUGAUGAGCUCAGACAUGCUUUGGUGGACAGAACCAAUGCCAUCUCAAGCACUCAGCUACAGGACUUCAACUGGCAGUUAAAGCUUGCAUUAUCUAGUGAUAAGCUGUCAGCUUUGAACACUCCUUUGCUAAAUCUCAGUCUGGAACUAAAAGAGAAUGGAAUUCAGAGAUCGGUAAACAUAGAAUUGAACAAAGAGGAGCUACAAACACUCAUCAGUGCAUUAGAGGCAGCCAAUAAGGUUGUGCUGCAGUUAAAAUGAAGAGACCACAUGUAUAUUCUCUCCUGUCAAACAUGCAUCUGUGCCAUCUUACUUUCAGAUAGGAAUUCUGAUGUCUAUAUAAUGAGACAAUGGAAAACAGGGACCUUAUGGACAGAAUCUUAAGUGAAAACCUCACUGUGUCUUUACUGUUGAAGCAUUUAUGCAGAGUUCAACAGACUAGAUGUAAAUAUUAUUGUUUACUGGGCAAAAGCUCCAUUAAUACUGGCUUUGAGUUGACUUGUUGCUAUGCCUGAUUAAUGGGACUGGUUGAUAUAGAGGCACACUGAAGAGUUAAAGGCCUGCGUACACUUGUAUUAAUUUCCCCAUGGACGUUUUUUAGACAAUGCAAAUGGAUUUUGGUUUCAUUUGAUAGUUGCAUUUUUAUAUCCAGAAACUAAAAACAUUAAAGGCAAGUGUGAAUUGUUCCCUUUUUUGCCAAAGAAUGUCAACAGAAUAAUAAAAAAUAAAGAGCCAGAAAUCUCCAACACA